AACUCAUAAAAGCCUUCACUUUCUCCCGCGUCUAUAUUCUCAAAAAAAAAAAAGUCUUUCAAGAAAGUUCCUUCCUUUUUCUUUCUCUAAUCCUCCCUCCAUCCCCAUGGAUGAUGAUUCUAAAGAAACCAACGAACAUCAGCAGCAGCAGCAGCUACAACCACCGCAAUGGACGCUAACGGGCUCCUACAACCGCAACGCCGCCGCGUUAAUGAGUCCCACGUCCACUUCUCAGGCGAUGCCCCACUGGUUAUCUGUCGGGGCUCUCUCGUUGCUUCAGCCUCAACAACCGCUCGGGCUCCACGGAUCACCUUCCUCUGUUCCGACGCAACAGCCGUAUAUGCAAUUCGGGAACGAGCAACGAGGACGAGCAAGAGCAAGAGCACGAGGAAGAGUCAAAGGAAGACCGAGGAAGUAUGCUGAUGUCAUUGAUCUUUCUCUAGGUCCUCCUCCUACAUUGCCUCUCUCUUCAGCUUCUGACGAUGGUGGUGGUGGUGCAAAUGCUAACUCAUCAGACCCACCUGCUAAACGGGGCAGGGGCAGAGGUCGUACUCCUGGCUCCGUUAGUAAGAAGCUUAAGUAUUUAGGAGGAGCAGAAACAUUGUUGACACCUCAUAUCAUUAACAUCAAUCCUGGAGAGGACAUAGCUGCGAAGGUAGUGGCGUUUACGCAUCAAGGACCACUGGAGUUUAGUAUUCUCUCAGCUUCAGGAGCUGUUUCUAGUGCGGUGCUUCUUCACUCCAAGGAUCCUAACAAUCCUACUGGAGUUGUUACGUAUGAGGGGAUAUAUGAUAUCAUUGCUAUGUCAGGUUCUUUCUUGAAUACUGAGAGUAAUGGUACUGUGACCAGAACUGGUGACAUGAACGUGCAUCUUGCUGGUCCUGAUGGUCGGUUUGUGGUGGGUUUUGUUGCUGGAAUGCUAGUAGCUGGGUCACAAGUCCAGGUCACUGUUGGAAGCUUUGUAUCAGAGAAAGUGAAACUGAGUCUCAGGGACCCCGACCGCGAGCCAGCUUCAGCAUCGGCCAGUGGUGGUGAACCAGGAAGCCCUCAGUCUCAGGGACCGCGAUGUUCAAGCGAGUCAUCAGAUGAAAAUGAUAGUAUCAACAACAACAAUCAUCAAGUUGGAAACUCUACGCCCUGACCACUUCACCUCUCGCCUGGUGACAAUCCUAAAUAAGCAAUGUCUCACUGUGUUUGCUUCUCUGUUCGUUUUAUACAUCUCUCCAUCAGAAUUGUCCAUAAGUAGAUUUGAGCUUUCUUACUCUCUCUCUUCUUCCUAACAUUUCAUCAAUGUAGCUUUGGUGUUAGAUAAUAGAAAGAUACAGAGAUGUUGAGUAGGUUUGAGUUCCAUCUAUUUAGUUUGUUUCUUAGUUUCUUUUGUUUGUGAUGAUCAUAAAGACUAGUCUUUAGUACCGAGUCUCUAACCUUUAGUACAAAAUU